AUGGCAUUCAUUAACGACUUUAUUGAGUCAAAGGACAUGAAUUCAAAGCACAUAGCGAGAUUUAAAAAGUUUAAAGACUACAUAUACACGACUCUAGUCUUUCCAGUAGCUUUCGAUGUCGGUGUUAUGUUUUGGAUAUUUUACUUCAUAAAUCCCGAUCUGGUUGUGUCAAAUGAAGUGCAUGAGCUGGUUCCUGAGUGGUUCUGUCACAUGCUGCGUACAAAUAUUGUGAUAUUUGCGAUCCUAGAGAUGUCAUGGACAUACAGGAAGUACGCUUGUUAUCUAUGUGGACUACUUGGUGUCACAAUAUUCACAUUAGCUUACAUUUCAUGGACAUUAGCUGUCUACGUCUACACAAGUGAGUGGGUCUAUCCGAUUCUAGAAAAAUUUAACUGGCCACAACGAAUUGGAUUUUUUGGACUCAAUCUUUUCGUUCCUGUAACUUUUUUCUUCAUCGGCGAUUUACUAAAUAAUCUUUUAUGGAAAUCUAAACAGAAGGAAGACAGCUUAAAAUUACAAAAAGAUAAGGAACAACCGCCAAUCACAGACACUACAGUACGAUCGACAUUUUCAGUCACAAUUUACUUCAUUUUGUCAUCAACAAAUGACUUCCUUCAAAUUAUAAACCAACUUCCAAAAUUGACAACAGCAAUCUCAAAAGCUAUGGACAUUGUGUUCUUUCCGAUGGUAUUUACAAGUGCUUUUUUCGUCACAACAAUGUUCUGGAUGGUUUACUUCAUCGAUCAUACACAAAUUUUAUACAAAGUAGUCGAAGAGCUUUUAGAUCCAACGAUUAAUCACAUGCUGCAUUCACUUGUGGCACUUGUUACAUUUGCUGAUUUAGUUUUGCAGCCACGAAAGCCAAUGAAUUUGAAGUUAUCAGUUAUUAUGACGAAUGUAUUUAUUAUAGUUUAUUAUGUGUGCUUCUUAGUUACUGGAUCGUUGAACGGUCGAUACCAUUAUCCAAUUAUGAAUGGUAAGGAUGUCUUGACGCAUGCUGGAAUCAUCAUUUUUAUGAAUAUUUGGUGGAAUUUGAUGCAUCUUGGUGGAUAUAAAUUUAAUGAAUUGAUUUAUGAAGUUGAUGAGGAUAAUAAGAAAUAUGUCGAACUGAAAAACCUUUGA